AUGACGACAGCAGCAUUCAGAUACAUCGAUCGAGCUUCAUACGACCCCAACGCCACAGAGCCAUUCAAGAAGCCCUGGGGCAAAGUCGACGGACCAGGCCGGUCCUACCAACUCACAGAAUUGGAACGCAAAGUCGAGGACCUGCGAGGCCAAGAGUCUCAUUACACAACAGACAAUUCCGGCUUCGCCUUAUACAACUCACCGGCGAAAGAGACGGCAUUCACCGACGACGCCAAAGUGCGCGCGGGGUACUACGCAGAAGUAGAAGAGCUACUCCGCAAGAAGCUACCCGGGGUGAAAAAAGUAGCCAUCUUCGACCACACCAUCCGGCGACGGACGCCGGGGUCAGCGCGCAGUCCUGUGCAGCUGGUGCAUGUGGACCAAACGCCCCGAGCUGCCGAGGCGAGAGUGCGUCGCCACCUGCCCGAGGAUGAAGUAGAGGAGCUGUUGAAGGGUCGAUACCAGAUUAUCAAUGUCUGGCGUCCGAUUGAGAAUCCGGCUUCUGAUUUCCCGCUGGCGCUGAUUGAUUGGAGGAGUAUUGCUCCUGAUGAUUUUGUUAAAGUUGAUCUUCUUUAUCCGAAGGAGUGGCAGGAGAAAGGAGAGGUGGCGCCUGAUUCUGAGUCGAUGUUCUCUACGGAGGGAUAUGAGGUCAAGGGGGAGACUUAUGCUAUCGCUCCUAAUGAAGGACAUCGUUUCUUUUACGCUAAGGAUAUGACGCCUGAGGAGGUCAUGUUCAUCAAGUGUUUUGAUUCGAGGAGUCAUACUAUGACUGAGGGGAAGACGGAUAUUGCGCAUGGGUCGGGACAUACUGCUUUCUUUGAUCCGCAGACUCCUGCUGGGUCGCCGGGGAGACAGAGCAUUGAAGUUAGAUGUCUGGUUUUUUACGAAUAA